UUUUCUUUCGCCCCCGAAAAAAGACGUGUGGUAAAGUGUGUGUGUGUCCGGUGAGGGGCGACAUUGGUAAACAAGAAGCGGUUAACGCGACACAAAAAAAAAAUACGGCCCUUGCUCGACGGAGCGACGGUGUUCCUCUCGUGGGCGUCCCGACACCGUGAUCGCCGACGAUGAGUGAUGUGGAUAUCGGCAAACUCAAGGUGGUCGAGCUGAAGGCCGAACUCCAAGCGCGAGGCCUAGAUACAAAGGGUAACAAAGCGGUGCUCGUGAAACGACUGCAGGAUGCCAUCGAUUCGAGCGAGUCCGGAGGCAAUUCAGGUGCUGCCCUAACGAGCGUCGACGAAGGGGACGAGUCGCAGAGUUCGGCCACCAACCUGGGUGGCAGCGGUGACGACAGCUGCAAUCAAGACGACGACUCGUCCAAGCAGGAGGAAGAAGUGAAGGAGGAACAGCAGCUGGAGGAAGAGGAGGAGGACGGGGCCCCGGCCAUGGAGGAAGGGGACAGCACACCACAAGUCCAGGUGAAGCAGGAGCCCGUGGACAAGGAUGCCGCCGCCACCGACACCACCUCGACGGUGCAAGUCAACGGCGAGCAGCAGGUCAAGGAGGAGAUGGGCGGAGGAGACGCCGGCAGUGCUAAUGCUCAGCAAGGGAAACGGAAAAGGUCGCCAAGCCCUCCGAGGAAUAGGGCAAGAUCUCCGCAGGUGAAGGCGGAGGUGGAGGAAUUUCCCGAGGAAACCUUUGACCUGACGUUGGUCACGCUCGAUACGUACAACUCGGACUUGAACCUGUGUAUAGACAGCAGCCGGUAUGAGGCGGAGUCCAUGAGCCAGCUUGGCUUUGGCCUUAUGUGGGCGGGGGCAAGAGCCUCCUAUGGCGUCAACAAGGGCAAGAUCUGCUUUGAGACAAAGAUCACAAAGUACCUGGACGUCUCCCAUUUGCCGUCGGACGAACCCACACCAAACGUUGCCCGUGUCGGCUUCUCCAUAGAGGACACAUCUAUGCAGUUAGGUGAGGAGCCACUGUCGUACGGCUACGGUGGUACGGGCAAGAUCUCGGAGAACUGCAAAUUCAAGGACUACGGAGAACCCUUUGCGGAAGGGGACGUCAUUCUGGCUAUGGCGGACAUGGACAGCGAUCCCGUGCAGCUGUCGUAUGCCAAGAAUGGCAGGCAUCUGGGCACCGCCUUUGAGAUCUCCAAGGAGACGCUCAAGGGCCGGGCACUGUUCCCCCACGUCCUGGCCAAGAACUGUGCCUUCCAGUGCAACUUUGGGCAACUGCCGGAGCCCUGGUUCAAGCCGCCCGACUCAAGCUACACAUUCAUUGGCUGCGUUCCGUUGGACGAGAGGAUACGUGGAACAGUUGGACCAAAGAAGAAGUCUGAGUGCGAGAUGAUCAUGAUGUGUGGACUGCCUGGUUGCGGCAAGACGACGUGGGCCAACGAGUACACGGCCAAGUUUCCCGAGCGCAAGUACAACAUCCUCGGCACCAACAACAUCAUUGACAAGAUGAAGGUGAUGGGCUUGCCGCGAAAACGCAACUACUCAGGCCGCUGGGACGUCCUCAUCGACAAGUCCACCAAGUGUCUCAACAAGUUGCUCGAGAUGGCAUCCAAGACUCCACGCAACUACAUUCUCGACCAGACCAAUGUGUACCCGACGGCGCAGCGGCGCAAAAUGCGCCCCUUCGAGGGCUUCAAGCGUCGAGCCGUAGUGAUAGUGCCCACAGAUGAAGAGUUCCUCAGGCGGUGUCAAAAGCGAGAAAAGGAAGAAGGGAAGGAUGUGCCGGACAUUGCCGUCCUUGAGAUGAAAGCGAACUUCGUGAUGCCCGAGCAAGGGAGCCUGUUUGAUGAGGUGAUCUUCACGGAGCUCCCACGCGAGGAGGCUGAGCCCCUUGUGAAGAAGUACAACGAAGAAGGCCGGGCGGCGUGCGGACCCCCGCAGCAGCGCUUCCGGCAGGGUGGCGGCUUCGACAACAACCACCGUGGCGGUGGCUUCGGCGGCGGUGGUGAUCGCGGCGGAUUCAGGCCAGGCUUUCGUGGUGGGUUUGACCGACGGAGACCGUUCCCACGAGGUGGAGGACCGCCUGGCGGUCCCGGCUUUCGUGGAGGACCACCACCACCCGGCCGGGGAGGCUAUGGUGGACCACCCCCUCCAUAUCGUGGUGGGGGAGGCUUCCGAGGAGGUGGCGGCGGCGGCUUCCGGGGCGGGCCCCCCGGUGGGCCCCCCAUGGGCAACCGAGGCGGCCCUCCGCCACCACCACCAGGACCCCCGAUGCGCGGGGGCGUAGACAUGAGGAGGGGCGGUCCUCCACCCCCGAGGGGGGGAGGAGGAGGUGGAGGGUGGGGCGGGCCCCCGCCACCACGAGGCUACGGGGGUGGCGGCCGAGCCGGACCCCCACCGCCUCAUGCAGCACCGCAAGGCCCCAUGCCACCCCAGCAACAGUCCUACGGUGGAUACGGUGGCGGCUACAAUCAACAGUACCCAUCAUAUGGCCAGCAAGGCUACGGGCAGCCGCCGGCUCCGCAACCGCAGCCACAGCCGCAGCCGCAGCCACCCUACGGGGGCCAGCAGGUGCCACCCGCCGGGGCCUACGGGCAGCCGGCCGUCGUCCCCCCGGCCGCCGCGGCGUCGUACGGCCAAGCCGCGCCCCAGCAGCAGGCGCCGGCCGCGGCCUACGGACAGGCCGCCCAGUACCAGCAGUACCAGCAGCAGUGGAAUCAGUACUACCAAACCCAGCAGCAGCAGCAGCAGCAACAGCAGCAGCAGUGGAACCAGUACUACCAACAGCAGCAGACGUACGCGGCCGGCGGCGGCUACGCGCCCAUGCAGCAGAUUCCGCCCGCGCGAAAGUAGUGGAUGCCACCGGUUACGCCUACCCCUCCUGGCUACCCCUCCCCCCUUCUGCGACCCGUUCGCAAAAGAAGCAGCCCCCUCCCCUUUCAUACUCCUUUCUCAACCGCGGACACCGUUCUGUGGUGAGAGGCAAACACCACUGCCACCACUGGUCUUGGAGGGAGGGGCUGUGCAACGGGGGCACCGAAGCGAAGGGGGUAACAACACCGCUUCAGUCAAGUUUCUUUGUCAUUGUUGCGUGGGGCUGUUGUAUCGCCGGUGGCUCUGGUUCCACUGUACCUGCCGCUUCAUUCGUUGACGCUGUUUAUCACUUGGGAAGGACUGUUGGGGGCGAGAGCAACAAAGAAACUGAGGCGGCGGCGGCAGCUCUGUGGAAUUGCAGGGCCGGGUGCCGUUCUAAUUUGUUGUUGUGUAUUUGGAAAUCUGGUAUUCAUACCUAUCUUUGUUGUUGUCAUUGUUAUUUUUUUUUCCGCUGGGUCUGAUCAAAGGUGUGCAAAGCUAAAGGGCGUGGUUUGUAUGCUGAAGGUCUGCGGCUUGGCUGCGGCAUCCAGCGUGUAUCUGUUGGCGCGCGCAAAAAGUUUCUUUCUUUGAUUGCAGAGAGAGUGAUAGUUUAGGGGAAUGGGGCUCGUACUUGAGGAGAGCUCAGCUCCUGAAGGGCGCAAUUCUUUUUGUAGGCAGGUUUUCUUUUCUAGGUUUUCCUCGAGUGCCGUGCGUUAGCAAGAAGAUGGCAUGCUUUCCUAGUGGUUGUGCAGACUUGUUGGUCGGGUACCUUAAAGAUAGUUUUUCAUUGUUCAUCGCGCAAGCAAAAUUUUAAAACUCAUUUCUUAUCUCGUCUUGACUGGGAAGGAAGAAACUUCUGUUGUUUUGUAGUCGUGUUCAGCGAAACUGACCUGUGUGUCGUAAUCAAGAAUGGUGGCCAUAGAAUAAGCAAUGAUUGUCACACUCAGUGUGUUGGACAAAUGAAUACUGGUUCCAGCGAUGCUUGGCGAGUGUUUUGAUUGUUUCGUGUCUAAGGUAGUGUUUGUUCUUUUCCCCUGGUACACAGUUUAGCAUGUGUUUAGUGAGGAUGUUGCAUUCCUCUGAUUGAGGAGCUUGUUUUUGUCUACACUGAAAUCGUGCUUAGCUUGUUUUGAUUGGGAGCACCUUUUGCUGCCUUAUUAUCAUUAUUUUUUUUAAUCGUCUUUUUCAUUCUGUAUGUUUUCAUAUGCAUUUUUUCUUUUUUAUUCAUUUAUCUUUUGCUGGUACAUAGAGUCGUGUAUUUGUCAUUUUCGGUAAACAUACACCAAGGAUGGAAUCUUCAUGGUUUUUAAAUUUUUUUUUCGCUCAUCGACGUCAGCCACCAGUCCUGGCACCCCAUCUGCCAUAACGUACACCUCAUUGAAAUUCAUGCGCCCAUUUAGCUAAAAGUGCACCGUUAGAUUGGCAAUGUCAUCAAGUACAAGAUUGGCCUGUAGUUGAUCUGCAUGGCCUCUCGAAUGCCGCGACUGUUACGCAGCCUUGCUUCUUCAUCGACUGUCCCAUUAAAGCUUUGAGUGGACCCUGGUUUUUGUUUUGGUCAUACAUUCUGUGCGACUCUUUAGAGGUAGCGGAGGACGGGGAGAUUGGGAGGGGGGUGGCAUUUGGGGCGGCUACCAAUGAUGGUGUAUCAACUUGUACAUUCUGAAGAACUUGACUAUAUCUCGAGCAGUUUUGAUCAUGCCUCACACCCCUAUUUGUACAUCAACAUCUCUAAAUAAAAAGAGUGUAAUAAAAGGAUGCAUUUCGGUAUA